AUGACCUGUGCCGUGACUGAGAGUGUCUCGAUUGGUUGCCCAUCAUGCAGCAUGCACAACUGCACCCUCCCACUCCCAAACACCAAAGCAUGCUUCUGCCUCGCCCACGCUGACCAGGCCACUAUCUGCACCAUAUACAGUUGCACAGCUCCCACUCAAGAAGGCUGUCAGACUUGUUCUGACCCUCUGCACCAAGCCAAGGAAGAGGAUUACUGCUCUGCAGGCAAGUCCUGUGGCUUGCUCACCCAAUGGCAGCAGUUGGCCUACCUGCGAGGGGAACCAAAGCUGUUGAACACACAGUUUGGAAGGCAUUGCAUGCACAAUGAGCAACUCCUUGUCCAUCCCUGUGGAGUUAUCAUUGGCCACUCUACUUUCUAUGGGUCAGAAGCACUCACUUGGGUCAUGGAUUUUCUUCUCAAGGUCUUCCCCACCAUGGCUUCCAUGCCUUUGGUGCUGUUCUUUGACAACAACUGCAGCCUCCUCUGGCAUAUAGCCAACAGGGUGGUUGCUCCUCAUUUUGCCCAGACUGCCUUGCUUGUGGACAUCUUUCAUUUCAAGAACCACCACUCCCAUGGCGACACCUUUUGUGGCACCCACUGCAAUGCAUCCACCUACCCCAAAUUGUAUGACCCCAUCACCAAAUGGUGGGUCUUCAACUCCUCGAUAUGCAAGCAGUCAAACACGUGGUUGAGGAAGUAUCAGGGGCAACUCUGA